AUGUCUGCCCCGGCUGGCAAUCCCUUUUCGCACGCAAUUCCCGCUGCCGACUCGUUCCAGCUGCUGCCCGAAUCGCAAAAGACUGGUGAGGCCGAGGAUGCCUUGUACGAGGCCCAGAUCAAGGAAGUUGAGGCGUGGUGGUCUUCUCCUCGGUAUUCUGGAAUCAAGCGACCUUAUAGCGCUGCAGACGUCGUCACCAAGCGAGGCUCCCAGAAGAUCUCAUACCCCAGUUCUGUCAUGGCCGCCAAGCUGUUCAAUUUGGUCCAAGAGCGCCAGGCCAAGGGCGAGCCGAUCCAUACAAUGGGUGCUAUCGAUCCCAUCCAAAUGACACAGCAAGCUGCUCACCAGGAAGUCUUGUACAUCUCUGGCUGGGCCUGCUCGUCCCUGCUCACCACCACCAACGAAGUGUCUCCCGACUUUGGCGACUAUCCCUACAAUACAGUCCCCAACCAAGUCCAGCGUCUGGCCAAAGCCCAGAGCAUGCAUGACCGCAAGCAGUGGGAUGCUCGUCGCAAAAUGACUUCCGAAGAGCGUGCCAAGACCCCGUACAUCGACUAUCUCCGGCCCAUCAUUGCCGAUGGUGACACUGGCCAUGGGGGGCUGUCUGCUAUCUUGAAGCUUGCCAAGCUGUUUGCCGAGAAUGGUGCCGCUGCUGUGCACUUUGAGGAUCAACUCCACGGUGGCAAGAAGUGUGGCCAUCUUGCUGGCAAAGUCAUCGUCCCCAUUGGCGAACACAUCAACCGACUCAAUGCUGCCCGAUUCCAGUGGGACGUUAUGGGAUGUGAGAAUUUGGUGAUUGCCCGAACCGACUCCGAGUCCGGCAAGCUGCUUUCUUCCGCUAUUGACGUCCGCGACCACGAGUUCAUCUUGGGCGUCGCCGACCCAUCCAUUGAGCCACUUGCUGAGACAAUCCAGUCCAUGGAGGCCAAGGGAGCUUCUGGCUCCCAGAUAGACAUCUUUGAGGCCAAGUGGGUUAAGAACACCAAGCUCGUCACCUUCAACGAGGCUGCUGUUGCCCACAUGCAAAAGGAGGGUGUCAGCCAGGAAAAGAUUAACGAGUACCUGAAUGCCACCGCCAAGGACCGUGAUAUGGGCAUCACGCGCCGUCGUGCUUUGGCUUCUCACUACUCCAAGACCCCCGUCUACUUCAAUUGGGACGUCCCCCGAACCCGCGAAGGAUACUACCACUUCCGCGCUGGCAUGGAGGCCGCUACCAAGCGUGCGCUGGCCUUUGCUCCUUAUGCUGACCUUCUUUGGGUCGAGACUGGCGACCCCAAUGUCGAGGUUGCUACCAAGCUCGGCCGCGCCGUGAGGGAUCAGUACCCCAACAAGGGUCUUGUAUAUAACCUGUCCCCGUCAUUCAACUGGAUGGCACACGGCUUCACCCCCGAGACCCUCAAGUCCUUCAUCUGGGACAUUGCCAAGGAGGGCUUUGUUGUUCAGCUGGUUUCCCUGGCCGGACUGCACUCCACGGCAACCAUUUCGUGCGAACUGGCGCGCAACUUCAAAACUGACGGCAUGAAAGCGUAUGUCGAGCUGGUUCAGCGACGCGAGAAGGACCUUGGGUGUGACGUAUUAACGCACCAGAAGUGGAGUGGAGCCAGCUACAUUGAUGGCAUUCUGGGAGCCAUUCAGAGCGGCAGCUCGAGCAGCAGGAGCAUGGGCGAAGGCAACACUGAGGGUCAGUUCAACUAG